AUGAGUCGAUUUACAAGAAGUAAAAAAAGCGUGGAACCCUAGCCCAUAAUCAAUCCUAUCAAAGAGGAAUUCUCUAAUAACAUACCUGUGAAGAGAGUGAAUGGCACUUCUCGACACAACUUAUUUGAUACUCUAGGUAAAACACGAAUAUCGCCAAAGAGCUUGCUAAUCAAUGACAGUCAUCAAAUUAAAAACAAACUCAUGCAGUUACAUUCAUUACCAGCUAAAACUGCCAAGAAAGUUCUCACUGAAUAUCAAGUAAGUGAUAUAUAAUAACAAGAAACAUAAACCCAGUCAAAUGCUAUCAAUAGAAUAGAAGUCUUCAAAAAGAUCAAGGAGUAGUUUUGGCAAUAGAACUAUAAGAGAGACGCUAGCAAUCAGUUCCAUGAUUCCACCAUUUUAAUGAACGGCAGUCAAAAUUAUCAUCAACAAAACAACUAAAAUCAUAACUACUUCAAUUCUAACAACACUUCUAGAUCAGAAAAUCAUUCGCCGAUCAAGUCAUCUAGAAUCACCAAGCUAGUUUAUAAAGUUCCACAGAUAGAACCAGCUAAAAUCAUGCAAUUCAGACUACCUGAAGUUAAUGCUAUGAGACAAUCAAAUCAAUCUCCACAAUAAUAACAAACAUUUUUGACUGAGAAGCGACCCUCAUUUGAUGUGACUUCAGGGGAGGGAUUUAUGCGUAAAAAAGUAGAAAUCAGAGAAACUAGGACAUCGUCCAAAAAUAAAAUGCAACAUCCGAUCGAUAUGGGAAAUAAAACUCACAUCAGAGGAUUCGAAGAAUCUUUACUAAAUAGAUAACAGAAGAUAAAUGAUGCCAUCACUUCCUAAAUUGAAAACUUUGAUGCUACUCUCUACAAUAAACAGGGAUAACAGUAGCAUCACCAUGAUGAACAUUAUGAUCCGAAUCACAGACAUUACGAUCCUAACAACUCUAAGCCCCCAAUAAUAAAUUUGACUGAUAUUGUGAGCAUUCACGACAUGGAAUCAAAGUUACUCAAAGAUCUUGCCAAUUGUAAAGUAUGCCAACUUAGAUAUGAUAAAAGAUCACUUAAGACAAUCGAAGAUAAGUAAACUAAGAAUGAUCUUAUGUAGAUGCAAGUCCCGAAUCUGGGCCUCGAUACUAAGUCUUUCAAUAACACCCCAAACUAAGGCGAAAGUAAAAUGAGUGGCAUAGUGAACCAAAAAAUGAGAGCAAUUUACAGAGACAAAUCUUCUAAUGAAUAUUUUGCACUUAAAAAUGCUGGAGACAAGCCAGUGUGGAAUAAGUACGGGCAAGAAAUACUGACACCCGGACCUUCUAUGACUAAUAGUAUGAAACUAUUUAGCUCUGUUAACAAUAGAAAUGAAGAUUCUAGAAAGGGGAGUUUGCCUAGAAUUAAUGAACACAGAAAUAGCAAGUAAAGUAUGUUGAAAUAAAAUACUAAUCAUUUAGCAAGGGAAAGUUCUAAAUUUGCUAAGAACAGAAUGAAAAAGAAUUUGUAUCUGUUAAGAGAUCCCUCAGUAAUGAGAGACAACAAUGAGAGUACAGAUGAACCGAAUUUCCUAAAUGAGCCUUCAUAAGAUGAUGUUACCACUGAGUCAUUCCUUAGGAAAUAAGAGUAAAGAAUGGAGUUCAGACAGAAGAUCAAAGAGCAAUUUGAAAAGCAUAACAACUUUGACGAUUUCUCAAAACUGGUACUUCUGAAUCUCCGCGAUGAUGCAAAUAAAGAAAGAAUAGAUAAUAGCCUUCUAGAUAGCUCAAGAUUUGAGCCAGCACCUAAGAAAAUGAACAUUGCUUUUGGAGGUCUAGGUCUUAAAUUCAGAGAAAAAAUCAUAAAAGAAAGCGAGGAUCCUGUAAAAGCCAAAUUUUACGAUUUCUUGAUGUCUAUUAGGGAUCGAGAGAGCAUGCUCUCGUAAAGUUUAAGAGAUGUCUCAAAGCCAAAGUAUUGUAAGCAUUAAUCAUUUUAUCAUAGUAUUAUAGAGGAGAAGACUAAAGAAUUGGUCUUAGAAUAUUUAAAAGAGUGUGACAAGCAGAGGGCAGUACCCUUAGCUUAGGCAAUGAUAUAAAUUAAGAACAAUGAAUACUUCCUAUCAGACUAUCAGUUAAAUGAAGGUGUUGUAAAAGCACUUUGCCAGUCAUUUCAAUUAAGUAGAGAAAGACUUGCCAAGUUAACAUUUUCUAACAACCAAAUUACAGAUGACCAGCUUGCUGAUAUUCUGAAUUCUCUUAAUCAGACUUAAUUGGAUAGCUGUAAAAGCAUAAUAUACUGUAACAAGAAUGAAUUUGGUUUAAGAGCCUUUGAUGUGCUAAAAGAAAAGUAUCUGAGUAAAAUUCCUCCUUUUUAAUUAGAGGAGAUCAGGUUAGUAAACUGUAAAAUUUAGCCUGGCUCAGUAAAUAAUAUGCUAGAAAUCCUUAAAGAUACUUGCUUUCUGAAGAAGCUAAGUAUACCAAAGACUAAACUAAAUGAAUACUCAGUUGAUCUGUUGGUCUAAUUAAUAUCUAAGUUAUCAUCUCCAAAUCUUAUAGACCUAGAUAUAAGCUGGAACGAACUAAGUGCUCAUUCCAUGCAGAAGAUUAUUAAGAGCUUAUAGCAUAAUGAGAGAUUAUAAUAUCUUAAUAUCUCUUGGAAUGAAGUAAGAGAGGAUGUAGAUAUAACACCACUAGGGCAUUUUAUCAGGAACAACAAAAAUCUAGUUCAUUUAGACAUCUCAAAGAUGUUUUCCUCCGAGACUCAAUUGAGAUAUAUAAUAAAGUGCAUAAAAAGGGCUCAUUCACUUUAAUCAGUUCAUAUCAGUAACACUCCAAUUUUAUACAAAAGUGUGAGACUGUUUUCCUAUCUCUAGAAGAAGAUAGGGGCAUAAGAGAGAAUAGAGAGGAGGUACAAAAAGCCCAAUACAUUUAUGCUCUAUAAAAAUGAUUGGAAAGAAUAGAUGAAAACUAUGUUUAUGAAAUCAAACGGGGAGCAAGAACUACAUGCUUUUACAUGCUAUAAUUUAAGUUAGAACGAAUCCGCAUAGUCUUAGGAUAAUUUCAUACUUUAGAGAAUACUCAAGCAUCCUGAGAUAAAAGGAGCAGAGAAUUGGCAGAUUAUGCGUGAAUGUGUCAUGUGUGGAAGAUGGUAGUAUACCAUCUUUAUGAAAGUGCAUGAAAACCCUGAUAAGCCUAAGGCAAAUCUCAAUCCUCUAUCAGGAUUUCUAGGUGGAUCUGGAGCUAUAAAAGCUUAAUAGCUAAAAUCAGCAGCUGCUCAAUUAGAGCCCCUUAUAGCAGAUUAAAAUGUGAGCAUCAAAGUAAAAGGAAGUUAUGAGUCUUUAAUGAAUGUCAGAUCGAAUAAAAUGAUUAAUAUCCUUGAAUUCGCAUAGAUAAUAGAUCCAGAUUAUGUUGAUCCUGAGUAGAAGUUUGAGGAGAUGUUAAAGACUUUAGAUGCUAAUGCAGUUAAUUAGAUAAAUAGAAACAACAGUGUCAAACUUUAAAAGAUGAAUGCUAUAAAAAAACAGAUUGAAGAUGAUUACAAAGAAAACUGGUUAGCAAUAUUAAAAAAGCAUCUAAGAUUUAAAUAACCUUAGUACUUGCCUGAUAAUCUCAGGAUCGAUUAAUAGAAUGAGAAUCUUUAUGUGUUUGCAGAUUUUGUAAAACCGACUAACUGUGUAGAGCAGUUGUCAAUAGAAAAUACCCCAUCAGUAUUGUUUUUCCCAUAGAUAAGAAAGGAAGAAUUUCUACCAUUGACCUAUAAGCCAAAAGAUCCUUAAUUCGAGGACAAGCAAGCCAAUGUUUUUAAGGAAUGGAAAAUGGACUCAGACCAAAUACUAGAAGAAGUUUUAGAGAAUGACUUUAAGUAUUGGAAAAUCAAUAAAUUCAUAAAGGACCCUAAGGAAAUAGACGAUAUAGAGCAACUUUUUAAACAGAAUAUUAAGGAACUUAAGAAAAUCUAUCUCACUAUGAUUAGUAUGUCAACCUACCCGAAUUUGACAUGGUUGGACUUUGUUAAUUUUAUGAAGUCCUGCAAUAUAAUUGACGAUAGAACGCAAGUCUCAACCAUUGAUAGAAUAUUUAUAGCUGCUAAUGUAGAAGUAGAAGAUAUAUAAGAAAACCCAGACAGAGCUUUAUGCAGAUAUGAGCUUUGGGAAAUCCUUGUUAGAAUAGCAGCUUAAAAAUUCAAAGAACCAAAUUUAGCAUAAACCUAUUCUGAGUCCUUGGACAAACUCUUACAGAAUAACAUUUUAAAGUAUUCCGUUCCUUUGCCAUGGCAAGAAUUUAGAGAUGAAGAUUUAUGGGUCAGAGAUGUGAAUCUCGUUCUUGAUGCCAACCUCGAUGGACUUAACAAAAUCUACAAGAAGUACUUCAUGCCCAAGUAGUAAUUCAUGAGUCUCUCAGAUGCUGUAAACUUGAUGACUAAAGACUCAAAAGCAGGCUUGUCUUUCAAAGAAGCAACUUAUGCCUAUGGAAUGAGCAAGAUGACUGUCAGAAAUGAAAUGGAAAAGGGUCAAAAUCCUUAUAAAAAGAUGAUCUUUGUUGAGUUUCUUGAGUUUAUUGGUAGAUGUGCUGCGUUGAAGUUCAAAAGAAGCAGUGAACCUCUUCAUCUUAAAAUAGAGAAACUAUUAGAUGAAAUAUUACAAGUAGUUGGAAUGACAAGGAAAGAAGUUAUAAGGAAAGUAGAAAUACCAGAAGUAGAGUCUGAUGACUCCAUAAUCGAGGACGAUUUAGAAUUCAAUGUUUUAGACAAGGAAAUAGAAAGUGAGGACAUGCAUAUGCAGUACUUCAGUGUUAUGAAUGGGAACAAAGAAUACUAUAAACAGAGAAGCAAUCAUUUGGAUUGA